CGAUUGCAGAAACAGCUAAGCAAAUAUAUCUAUUUAGACAUUUUUUUGUCCCAUGGCAAUUUCAAAAGAAGAUUAAUGGUAGGCAUUAAGCAUUUAUGUUAAACUACCUAUGUAUUGUCGCAACCAUAGUUUUCAAAAGUUUACCUGGGAAUAAAAAUCAUAAUGCAGAAUGGACCAAGGUUAUCCCAGUCUGAUUGUUAUUAAUAUCUUUUUUGAAUUAUAUGACUGAAUUGAUCAUCGAUAUGUGAAAUGCUAAUUGCUAAUAACAGUCGAGUCAAAUCAAUAAUACAUUCAAACUGAAACAAAUUUAAUCGAUGUACAUGUUUACAUGGACUGCAAUUCUUACAAGCAUGUUGCAACAAGUGAUACGAGAUAAUAAACUUGAAGAAACCAUGAAGACAGGAUAAUGAGAGGAUGGAUCAUAGCUGAUGAUGGAUAUUAUAUACAACAGGACUAUGAAAAAGAGAUGGCACAUGUAUGAGGAAAGAUGCAAGCAAACAGUUCUGCUCUGUUUCAUUGUUGCAACUAUCAUAUACCUCUUCACAUUAGCUAAUAAAGAACCUGGGAAACCUGAGAAAUCUUAUAACGGUGUCAUAUUCUUCAAAACUAUCACAGAGAAGAUACCUAACUCAGCUGUAGACAAGGAUACAGCACUUGUGACCGAGGAGUGGUUCUUCACGUGGCUUGAAAAGACGCAAGUUCAUUGUGAUGAUGUCAUACGUAUUGGGAACCAACAAGAUGGAGGCUGGAACAUGUGUGUAUCUGGCCCAUAUAAGCCUCAAGAAAAAUGCUUAGUCUACUCAUUUGGGAUAAACAAUGAUUGGUCAUUUGAUGAUGAUGUAACUUCACGAUUUUCCUGUGAAGUACAUUCAUUUGAUCCCAGUAUGAAUAUGAGCGACCAUCGUAGGUCUGAGACUAUCUACUUCCACAGUAUGGGAUUGAGUAACAAGGACUAUGUAACACUAGAGGGUUGGCCUAUGAUGUCCUUCUCAUCUAUUCUAACAGAACUCAAGCAUGAAAAGGCCAUAAUGGACAUGUUAAAGAUGGACAUUGAAUACAGUGAACAUGAAGUGCUCCCAGACUUGUUUGCAGAGGGAGUACUGCAGAACAUAAAGCAACUUGCAUUUGAGUUCCACUUCAAACCAGGCCUCAGUCCCGAGAGAUACAAAUCAUUCUACACGACACUUAGUAAAUUAGAAACACAAUUCAACUUCAGGAAGUAUCUAUACCAUAGGAAUGAGGUCUGUAGUGUAUUCUCACCCAUAAAAGAUAUAAAACGUUCAGGAUGCCAUGAGUUGUAUUACAUAAACCUGGAUUACAUGUGACAUCUUCAUUGGAUGGAUGGAAUCAUACUCUAGAUGGAUAAAAUCAGUAUUAUAACUGAACUGAUGUAUUGCUCUAAUGAUUUAAGUAAACAAGCACACACAAAUAUAGAUCUAUACAAUUUAUUUAUAAGAUUUUUUUGUUUUUGCAUUUUCGUUUGUACUUUUUUUUGGUAAAGUACAAAAAUAUAAGACACUUGAUAUAGUUGAUAUAUAAUUACCCAAGUACUGAUAUUCCUCAGUAGAACACAGGAAUGAUAUCAAGCAGAAUAACAACUGUUACUUAUUACCUAUGAGAUAAACUUGUUUAUAUAAAAUAACAUCACAUU